AUGGUCACUAGUUUCAGGAAUGGAAAAAUCCGAGCUGCGUACGCUCGGCAAGCACGAAAAUACGGGGCAGCUACAGUGUCUGCAGAGGAAAGACCUCGCCGAGUUACUGUUCUGGUCAACGUUACAUCGAACGAACGUUCUUGUUAUGACGACUUUGUCAAAAACGCGUUGCCAUUGUUGCACUUAGCAGGUCUACAAGUGGAUGUCAUCAAGUCAGACAGUGAAAGCCAGAUGGAGACGUUAGCGGCAGCAGUAGAUACGCAGGAAGCUGAUGCUAUCUAUGUAGUCGGAGGAGAUGGUACCUUGGGAAGAGUUGUGACAGGUAUCUUACAGCAUAGGGAAAGUAGCGUAUUACCUAUAGGAGUAUUUCCGGGAGGUUAUGAUAAUCUGUCACUGAAACGUCUCGUACCAGAUAUUUUUGAGUCUUCACGAGAUGUGAGACGAAUGUGUGAAAGCGCAAUGGCUCUUAUUGAAGAUGAGCGUCGCUAUGUGAACGCUUUCGAGAUUACUGUGGUAACUGAAUCACAUAUAAAGUCGAUCUACAGUGUAGGCGACGUGGGCGCUGGUUGGUUCCGUCACAUCGAGGAAAGACGACGGAAAUUGUGGUAUUUGGGGCCACUGAAACGACGAUGGGCUUAUUUAUGGGAGAUGUUAAAGCAUUCACCAGUGGAUAUGGAAGUAAAACUGCAAUAUGAGGAGUCAUGCUCGGGUUGUCGAACAUGUCGUUCUGCAGUGUUGUUCGAGCCUCCGACUUGGAGAUGGUGGCAUAUCCUCACUGGUCCACCGCGGUAUCCUGAACAUGAAACAAAGAAAGACUACUCGCAUAUUGUAAAUGACAACUGUGGACAAAUACGUGAGGUACUAGGAAACAUUCGACAUCUCAGUCAUUGGACUCAGUUUUCUUCUAAGCAAAUUCGAUUCCAGGAUACCGCCUGUUUACGAGUUAGAAUGGGUGGUGAAGAUGCGGGACGUUAUGGAAUUAUUGCCGAUGGUUGGAAACGUUGUUCAGCGAAUCGAGUCGGUGCAAGUGACAAUGAGCAAUUCUACUCGACCGAUUUGCUGGCCAAAGCUAUUUCGCUGACUUUUCUUAAAAUACCGGUACAUCUUUGCUAA